UGAGUUCUUGGGGGGUCGUGUUAUCCCGAGACUUGAGUGAGAGUCUCCCUACUCCGGGAGUCUUUCACCAGCAUGCUGGAAAUUAACAACUCUGUUGCUGAUUGCAUACGUGGAUGGUGGUCUUUUGAGGGACUUCUCCAGGACUCUAAUAGGCACAAAUCCAGGAACUGAAGAAAUCCCCAAUGGGGUCCGGGGAUUUCCUUCCCACAGACUUCUGGGAAAUGUAGUCUCAGGGAAUGUGACAUCGCAGGGAGACAAGCAGGAAAUCCGCAUUCAAGGUUUUGGUCUCCACGAAAUGCUGUCCUUCUCAGAUGUAGCCAUCGAGUUCUCUCCAGAAGAGAGGGAAUGCCUGAAGCCUGCUCAGUGGAAUCUGUACAGGGAUGUGAUGUUGGAGAAUUACAGCCACCUUGAAUUCCUGGGUCUUGCUGUUCCUAAGCCACACCUGGUGACAUUUCUGGAGCAAAGACCAGAGCCUUCAGAUAGGAAGAGACAAGAAGCAGCCACCGUGCACCCAGGAAAAACACCCAGUGAUUAUGUUUACAACAAAGCCAUUGACUGUAACUCACUACACAUUCAACACCAAAGAAUUCGUACAAGGGAGAAACCCUUCAAGUGUGAAGAAUGUGGUAAGGGCCUUAGUUCUUCUAAAGCACUUUCCAUACACCAGAGACUUCACACUGGACAAAAACCCUACGUGUGUAAAGAAUGUCACAAGGCCUUCAAUACUCGCCAAUCACUUUUUAUACACCAGAAAAAUCAUACUGAUGAAAAAACCUACAAGUGUGGAGACUGUGGCAGAUUAUUUUACUAUCCUUCAAUGCUAAAGCAGCAUCAAAAAAUUCAUUCUGGAGAGAAACCCUACAAGUGUGAAGAAUGCGGCAGAGCUUUUUAUGACCCUUCAAACCUAAAUAAACAUCAAAGAUAUCAUUUUGGUGAGAAACCAUACAAGUGUGAAGAGUGUGGCAAAUGUUUUUCCUCAGUUUCAUAUCUUAGACAACAUCAAGUAAUGCACUCCAAAGACUAUCCCUACAAGUGUGCAGAGUGUGGCAAAGGGUUCUCCUCCUUUGCACACCUUCAGAAACAUCAGACAGUUCACACUGAAAAGAAACCAUACAAGUGUAAGGAGUGUGGCAAAUGUUUUUGCUCAUCUUCAUCGCUUAGACGACAUCAACCGAUCCAUUCUGAAGACUAUCCCUACAAGUGUGCAGAGUGUGGCAAAACUCUUUCCAGUUUUAAAAGACUUAAAGAACAUCAGACAAUUCAUACUGGAGAGAAAUCAUACAAGUGUGAAGAGUGUGGCAAAUGUUUUUACUUACCUUUAUCUCUUCAGCGACAUCAAACAAUUCACUGUGAAGACAAUCCCUACAGGUGUGGGGACUGUGGCAGAUGUUUUUACUCCUCACUAUCCCUUAGAGAGCAUCAAACAAUCCAUUCUGAAGACAGUCCCUAUAAGUGUGUAGAAUGUGGCAAACAGUUUUCCUAUUCUAGGAGUCUUCUGGAGCAUCAAACAACUCAUACUGGAGAGAAACCCUAUAAGUGCAAGGAAUGUGGCAAAGCCUUUCAUUAUCAGUCAUCCCUUAGAAAACACAAGAGAGUUCAUACUGGAGAGAAACCCUACACAUGUGAAGCAUGUGACAGAUGCUUUUCCUGUUCUUCAUCCCUUAGACAACAUAAAAGAAAAAAGAAAAUUCAAGGGGAUUGGAGAGAUGGCUCAGAGGUUAAGGGCACUGACUGCUCUUCCAGAGGUCCUGAGUUGAAUUCCCAGCAACCACAUGGUGGCUCACAGCCAUUUCUAGUGAGAUCUUGUGCCAUCUUCUGGCCUGCAAGCAUACAGACAGACAGAAUACUGUAAAAAAAAAAAUCUUUUUUUUUUAAAGGGAAAAAAAAGAAAAUUCAAUCUGAAGACAAUCCCUAAAAGUGUGGGGAAUGUGGCAAAGACUUUGCAAAUCUUUAAAGCCUUACUCAACACAUGAUAUAGUUCAUACAGAAGAGAAAUCCUACAAAUGCCUUAAAAGUUUACUUCAUCAGCCCUUAAAUCACAUCAAAUGAUUCAUUCUGACUACAAAGUCCAUGCGUGUGUGGAGUAUGGUAAAAAUCUUUUGCUAACAAUUUAGAUCUUAUCCAACCCUAAUGAAUCCAUGGUGGAGAAUGUCAAGUUAAUCAUUUUGCAAUGUCAGCAUGAACACUAACAUAGAACAGCUCAGAUGCUAAGAAUGUCAUCAGAGAACAGCAGAGACUUCUCUUUGCUCACAACAGUUUGUUCAAGCAGUGUGUUUGAAACUUGCCUUUAUUAAUAAGUCUCCAUCUUCUGUAACCAUAAAUGCUCCAUGAAACCUUUCCCAUGUCCUAGCUUUGUCCAUUGGUCACCCGGAAUCUGAGAUCUGGGCUGUGACAUAGUUACUGUUGUUUUUCCCAGUGAAGUCAUCCGAGCUCCUGUAACAUCCCUCUUGGUGUGUAAGAAGCUCCGCCUCUCUGAGCUAGCAGGUGUCCACCCAGCGCCUGGCUCUGGAAUCCUUACUGGUAAAUAAAGGACAGAGCCUGAGUUAAGACAGCAUGAAGGCUCUUCCAGUCCAGGACCUCAGCCCCAAGGCAGCAGCGGUGGCUGCAGAGGUGCAGUCGUCAGCUGAGGCAGCUUUAGUGUCAGGUGCAGCUGCUGCUGUGCCUCAGACCAAAGCAGCAGUGCCCACAGAGCAAUAAUGCAGGAAAGGUGUGGAGCAACCGAUCGUUUUCUGACUGGAUACAAAGCUCAUUCCAUAAACGGUAACUGAUGUGAUGUUAUUUUGUGAUAAACUUGUGCCUGACUAGGUGAUAAGCCCUAGGGAGAAUUUAAUGCCAUUAUUCUAAUGAGCGGACAGUAACUAAAUGAACCCAAGUUCUCAUCUUUAUACCCACAGUCAGGCACCUCUUUACAACCAUCUGAAAAUACUGUGAUAGAUGUAUACACAGAUGCUAAUUGGUCAACGUAUGGAGAAUAUUAACUUUGGGAGGACCCUAAUCUGAAAGUGACAUCUGUGUCACACAUUGUGAGGAAGAUCUUUUGAACACAUCUAAAGUCAAAAGUCAGGGCAAAGUGGGAGAAAGAAUGUCAGAGGCAGGUACAGUAGAUGUCUGGAGUAACAGCGGAAACACUGGAACAUUUCUAGAACAGUAAAACAUUGCUAGAAAUGUCAGUACCAUUUUAUGCAUGAACAUAUUGUGGCCAUGACUGGAGAGCACUUACACAAGAUAAACCUUGCCAUCCAACAAGCAUAGCUGCCUAAGUGUCUCACUAUCUGAUUGGAGGAGCUAUUGGCAAUGGAUGUCUCCUAAGGGAGACAGUCAAUCUGGGAGGCUUCCAGGGUCCAGUUGACUGUCCUACACCACUACACAUGGAAGGGGCACUCAGUGGAAAGAAGAAAUAACAACCCCCAAGUCGUGAGAGGAAACUGAUUUUAAUAGAAGUGAUAAGUGGAGG